CGAAAUGGCCGCCAUCCGCUGCAGAGGCUAUUUUGCGCGCUUCGUAGCAUUUUAUUGAUAUGCUGCCGUGUGUUUAUUUUUAUUUUUUACAGAUAUAGUCUAAUUUGUUUCGGAUAAGGAGCAGACAUGUUUAAAAAAGCAAAAAGAUCAAAUUUAAGACGGAGGAAUGAGUCGGACGAGGACGAGAAGGAGGAAAGCCAGCCAGCCCAGCAGCCAUGCGGGCCUUUCGCCGAGGAUCUCCCGAUGCCCGAUGCCCCCAGCACAGACGCCUUCUCCGGGGUUAGCGUGGACGUGCACCACGGCAACGGGUUUCAGUCAAAGGCCAUCAAGAAGGAAAAUAAGAAAACUCGGGAUGCAGGGGGAGCCCCGAAAGCCAGUUUGCUGAGCUUUGAUGAUGACGAAGAUGAGGCUGAGGUGUUCAGAGUGAAGAAAUCCAACCACAGCAAGAAGAUCGUCAAGCAGCUGAAGAAAGAAUACAAGGAAGAUCUGGAGAAGGUCUGCUAUGUCAAACAAGAGCCCAACACCGACGUGUGGUCCCAACCCCUGGCCUCCAUUAAAGAGGAGCCCGCUAGCAGGGCAGGCAGUGAGCAGGGAGAGGAGGAGAUGGAAGUGGACAGCACUGAUGAACAGGAGCCCAAGACGCAAAGCCAGAGCCUCGCCUCCAAGAUCCCCACUACAACAGCAGCCGGAGCCUUCUCCAACACCAGCACCCUGUCCACGCUCAGCAACCUACGACCAGGUGAGAUCCCGGACGCGGCCUUCAUCCACGCCGCAAGGAAGCGUCGUCAGAUGGCGAGGGAGCUAGGCGGCGACGCCCCCCUGGUGGAGACGGACACACCCAAGAAGCGUCUGGUCAGAGAGGAGGAAGAGGAGGGGGACGGGAGUGAUGAUGAUGAUGAUGAAGAGGAAAAGAGAAUCAGCUUCAGUGGCGUCAAGAACAAGAGCCAGAGGACCAGGAUAGCAGAGGAGAUAGGUAUAGAGGGUAGUGAUGAUGAGGCGUUGGAUACAGGAGGUCAGGAUGAGGAGGUGUCACGCUGGGAACAGGAGCAGAUACGCAAAGGGACCAGCAUCCCCCAGGUCCAGUCCUGCCAGCCAGACGACAGCAGUAGCGGUAGUAUGUACUACCAGAGCAACAGCUACGAUCCCCAGCAGCCCUACAGCUCUACCUACAGCCUGCCCUACUCCUACAUUAGCAAGGCUGAGGGCUGCGCACUGGUCUACAGCGCCCCUGGUGGUGACCUUUCACCUGUCACUGCUGACCUGGUCAAGACACGCCUCAGAGACAGGCUGAGCCAGAUGCGUGUGGGGCAUGAUGCUAAUGCUAAGCGCUACGAUCAGAUCCAGGAAGAACUCGAGGCAGCUCAGAACACCAUUCGCCGCCUCGAGGGUUCGUCCAAUGACGACGCAGAACAGUAUAAAUUCUUGCAAGAGAUGCGAGGGUAUGUUCGAGACUUGCUUGAGUGUUUCGGUGAAAAGGUUCCCAGCGUGGUGGAGCUGGAGGGCGCCAUGCACCAGUUACUAAGGCAACGGGCCUGUCGGCUGGUCCAGCGGCGCCAGGAUGAUAUUAAAGAUGAAUCGGCGGAGUUUGCAAGCCUUUCAAGUAAGGCUGUGAUGGCUCCUAACCUCAUGUCUCCUGACUCGUUUGGGAGAGACAGGACCGUCUAUCAGGAGCACGCCAGACAGCGGAGGAUCGCUGAACGGGAAGCCCGACGAACGCGGCGGCGGCAGGCACGGGAGCAGAACGGGAAGAGGGCGGAGCAUAGCGAGGGGCUGUCCUCCGACGAUGAGGAGACUUCCACUGACCUCACAUCAUACUGCCUGGAGAGAGAUCGUAUAGUGCGUGAGUGUAAGAAGGUGUUUGAGGAUGUGUUGGAGGACUUCCAUUCUCUGGACUGUAUCAAGAGUCGUUUUGAGGUGUGGAGACGUCUCUACUUCACCUGCUACAGAGACGCAUACAUAGGACUGUGUCUGCCAAAAUUAUUCAACCCCCUAGUACGACUACAGCUCAUCACGUGGAACCCUCUACAGGAGAAGUGUGCGAACUUUGAGUACAUGUUGUGGUUUGAGUCGUUGUUGUUUUAUGGCUGUGAGGAGCAGAGUGGGAUGCAGAGAGGAGACGUGGACAUCAACCUGCUGCCUGCUAUAGUGGAGAGAGUUCUACUGCCCAAACUAGCAGUGCUAGCUGAGCAGGUGUGGGAUCCUCUGUCCAGUAGUCAGACAACAAGACUAGUGAGCUUUCUGACCAGACUCCUCAGAGGAUACCCUACUGUCCUUAAUGGAGAGAACAGGAACACACAGGAGUUUCUGAAGACCAUCGUAUUGAGGACCAGAAGGACUCUGGAUGAUGACGUGUUCUUACCUCUUUACCCCAAGAAUGUGUUGGAGAAUAAGAACAGUGGUCCCUACCUCUUCUUCCAGAGACAGUUCUGGUCCUGUGUCAAGUUGCUAGGUAACAUCCUCCAGUGGAGUGGUGUGUUGUCUGGUCCAACGGUGAGAGAGCUGGCUCUAGAUUCCACCCUGAACAGAUACAUCCUGUCAGCCCUACAGAACACUGAGGCUGGGGCAGACAGCGUACUGAAGAGCCAGAGGAUAGUUGAGUGUUUCCCGGCCCAGUGGUUUGUAGGGUUGAAAGGUCAACAGACCCUUCCUCAGCUGGAGCCAUUCUGCCGUUACCUCACCCACCUUGCCUCUGCUCUGCUGAGAGGCUCUCUGGGGGGGUCCGACGUCGACAAGAGGAACGCCAAGGAGCAGAUCAAGGAGGUGGUGAAGCUGUUAGCUCGGCUCAACGCUCUGGAUCACCUCAUCACCGUGGCAACGGAACAUGGCAUCAAGGACAUCGCCCCUCUACUGGGCUCCAAGUGACAUCACUGCACCGCUCUGUGUGUGUGUAAGGACAUCUAAACCCUGCUGUUGGGUCAAACUGCAAGGCUUAUCAUAAUGGACUUUAGUGUGUGUCUGAGUGUGAGCGCUGGAGGAGUGUGUGUGUGUAUAUAUUGUGAAUAUUGUACAUGUGUGAAAAGUGUCGGAGGACUAGGAGACUAAGAAGCAUGUCUGUUGGAUCAGUAGGUCUACAGAUCACUCACUUCCUCGUCUGGAACUGCUCUACAGAGGAAUUCUGGGAGAUGUAGUUUCUCUCUACAAUCCUCAGUGGGAGAUGGAGUAGGGCUACUUUCUACGCCAGAACUACUUCAACAUGAACCACCAUCUUCCCUCGCCCCCCCCCCCCGAACUGAAACCUUCCUACAUGGUGUCUGUCUGUCAUAGUAUGAUCCCUCUCUCCUCCUCAUAAUGAUCAGCCAACUCCACAUGAAGAAGAUUACUUUUAUUGUCCAAUGUAGACGGAUGUCCACCUUUCUCAUCUCCUCUCACCUGCUCCUGCGUUUCGCCCUGUGCCAUGACUUCUGCUUUGCUGAUCUUCGAUCAGCUUAUUGGUUGCUGCCCUAACUUUUACCAUUUCAGGGGCUGAAUGUAACUGAUCCUAAAUCAGUAUCUAGAGGCAACUUCAUUCUGUUGACUGGCCUCUCACACAAACCAAUUCUCCAUCACGACCCUCCUCUGAUUGGAUGAGGAUGUAGAGGGAGGAAGUGGGGUGUUUCUAUUUUAAGUUGGCUGAUUUUUCUUUGUGUAAAUGUUUUUGAUUUGAAUAAAAAGUGGCUGUGGAAUAAAAGAUCCCUUGUAUUUCUGUAG